AGUCACGCUCCUCUCACCUCUCUCUCUUGCGAUUCGCUUGUGCUCGCACACAACGGACUGUAUCGCGUCAUUCCUUCCCACUGCACAAGCGGCUUCAGCUCUAUCGGGGAAGGGGAAAGACGAAACGGGGUGGCUCUUUGCUGUAGGUCUCUCUUCCACAAGAGAUCCUCGUAUACCAACCAACGCAACGCUCGGGGAAGUAUCGUAUUGCAUACCCCCACGACGAUGGCGGAAGUCGGCCGGAAAUUCGACGACGUUCUCCGGAACCUGGCGGGCCAGGCAGGGUCUCUCGAGGCCUUGCUAGGGGCGUUCUUUUCCUUCCUCCACAGGAACACCGACUUCUAUGUCACCUUCGAUCCCACCAAGACGGCCAGGGCGGGCAUGGGCUUCCCGGCUGGAAAGGCAGAGAAGCUCCUUCUCCGCGCGUUCCGAUCCUUCCCGUACAAGUCGUACGGAGUCCAGGACGAGCAACUGCCGGCUGCAGCAGGGAGAGGGCGAGGACCAUCAACGGCGAAGGAAACUGCUGCAACAAAAAUUGGACCUGCCGGGGGCUCAACCUCGCGGAAGAACGAUACCGGCGUCGAUACUGCCCUUGGGAGUGGCGGUCCUGCCCCGGCACCAAAAGCUUCAGCAGCAGCAGCAGCAGCAGCAGCAGCAGCAGCAGCAGCAGCAGCAGCACCAUCAAUACCAUCGACGCCAACUCCCGGCGAAGGCUCCGUCGCCCCUUCCUCCACGACAACCCCGCCUCCUGAACCACCAACCACCGCCAAUGGCAAACCGGCGGCGGCGGGAUGCAUAAGCGUGCGCUACACGGAGGACGGAAAGCAGGUGCCUAUCGGCAACGGCGGAGUGACCGACAGGUACUACUGGACGCAAACAGUAAACGAAGCCACGGUGUAUGUCGACGUGCCCCCCGGCACUCGCUCCAAGGACGUGACAUGCAUCAUUCAGCCUAGAUGGCUGAAGCUGAAGGUAAGAGGUGCAGGCACGGCGGGAGGGGCGGGGGCAGUAGCAGCAGCAGCAGCAACAGCGGGAGCAGCAGCAGCGGGGGCUGAGGACGUGGUUUUUGACGGGGAGCUGCCGAGUGCGGUGUCACGGGAGGACAGCAUGUGGAGCCUGAACGACGGCAAGACGGUAGUGAUAUCGUUCGAGAAGACGACAAAGUCGUGGUGGAAGAGCGUUGUCGAGGGAGACCCGGAGAUAGACACCUCCAAGGUCGACUCAACCACCAAGAUCAGCGAGUACGACGGGGAGACUCAGGGCGCGAUCCGCAAGAUCAUGUUCGACCAGCGGCAGAAGUCGCUCGGCCUUCCAACGAGCGACGAGCUCAACGCCGACGCUCUGCUUGAGAGGGCCAAGGUUUUGCCGGGCAGCCCGUUCCUUCCGGGCGGCGUGCUCUUCGAGGGAGAUUGCGGUGCCGGCGUUGUUGGUGGUGGCGGUGAUGGCCUAGGACCCGAUGGUGUGUGUUGACAGAGGUCCACCUGGCCCCGUCAAAUAGAGCUCGCUUGAUCUAGGCCGUCGAAUCCUCGCGAUUGUGGGUCGUUCUCCUGCUGCUACAGUAGUAGGAGCGGCGGCGGCAACAGCUCAACAGCCGGCGACUAUGGCGCUGAUACUGGUUUUAGCCCCGACAAAUGGUUGAACCCGAGAUACCAGUACGGCGGCCGGCCGUGGAGAAAGGCCCCCUGUAGGGUGAAUGAGUUAUUUGCUUCCACGACGGCACCACAUGCGCUGUAGGCACAAGUGUUUCAGGUGUUGACGUUUGGAUUUGUACUCAACGGUGUUGCAGCCUUCAAUGUAUCCACGUCUCGAUGGCGGCACGCAUCUCAUAGUUGUUCAUUCGAGGGAGAGAGGCUGAAUAUUUCCCUCUUCGCAUGUGUGCAUAUCAAGUGUAUGUGCUCGGGUUCGUCACUGCGAAUGGGUCUGGGAACGCACACACCAACAGCAAAGCAGUAGCUGCUUCGGCGUUCUCGGUGCUGCAGCUAUUUCUGUUUCGCGCCGCCUCGAGAGGGGGAGGGAGUGUACCAAGAUGACAAGUUGUGACGUUUCACCUUAGUGAUUGCGCCGAAUCCGAUGCUGUGCAUGUACAGUACGUAUGCACCGGAAGGACUUGGAUUCCCUGCACUGACUACGGCCCCGCACUCCAUUGCGUGUUUUCCGGGACGUCUAACAUCCAACGCGCACAACAGAAAGUAGUUCAAUACCAACCCCAGGCGUUCGCAACAGCUGCAAGUGAUGGACACGGUAUAUGUACCGGUCGCCCCGGUGGUCUAG